CUGAUCCUAACCGACCUCAAUAGCCUCGUGGAACGCGCCAACGUCCUGCUCAACCACCAUAGGAUACGAGCCCUGGAUCUCUACUACGACCUAAAACCCGGUUCCCAUGAACGUGUCGGCGAGGAGAUGGUCGAAAUACUCGGCCCCCAGGGAGGCUCCGUCCGCGACGGACAGGGCCGACUCGAAGGACUGCAGCUAAACCCGUUCGUAUCGGCGGGCUGGCAGCCCAUGACGAUACUCUCUCCCACCAUCGCAGUCUUCGCCGCCGCGGUAGGCUAUCUCACCUACCUCCUCCUCUUCGCCAAGAAGAGCGCCGUCGAGAUCGGCUCCCUACGGACGCUGGGUCUCACACGGGGUCAGCUCCUCCGACUCUUGGGCUUUGAGCAUCUCGCCAUCGCCGCAAUCGGUCUCGGUCUCGGCACCUGGGCCGGAUUCCAGAUGAGCCGCCUAGCCGUAUCGCCUUUGGCGAUCACCGAGAUCGGACUCCCGGUCACCCCGCCCUUCAUCCUCACGACCGACUGGCCGAUUAUGGGCUCCACCUAUGUCGCUCUGGGACUCCUGUUCAUCGGCGCUCUAGUGCUUCUCAAUAGAGGUGUAGGCCAACUCGAUCUCCGGGCAAUAUCCCGCUUUGGCGAAUAA